GUCGCCCAUCCGUAGCCAUUUUGGCUCAAGCCGUUUUUUUGGAGCAAGUUUUAGUCAUUUGCCGCCAGCAGCUCCGCCCGCAUCGGUAUCGACCCAUGGCCACCGCGGUUUUGCCAUCCCUCCCGCCGCCCGGCAGCAGCGCGCCGCCCGUGGUGGGCCUCGCGGAGCAGCGCGGCGCGGCGCCGACGCCGAGCCUGCUGGGCCACCUGCACCCGUCGCCCGCGGGCGACGAAGGCCCCCACCGUGGCCAGAAGCCCUGGGCGGCGAGCGGCGGCAGGGCCUGCGCGCCCCAGGACCUCACCUCCUCGCCGUCGUCUCCCGCGCUCGACGAGGCCGUGCCGGUCGGCGCUCGGUGGCUGGCGCUGCGGCGCGGCUCCAGACUGCCGGCCGUGGCGUUCGGGCUCGUGCAGGGGUGCGCGGCCGCGCCGCUGCUGCUCGAAUUCGUGGACAAGCUCGCGGGCGGGCUGGCGCCCGGCGGCCUGCGGGCGCUGGAGGACCUCGCGCGGGACUCUGAGGUGGAGUCGGGGCUGUUCUCGGCCGCACUGCGGGCUUGCGACGUCCUCGGCUUCGUGUCCGUCGACGCCCUUGCGGGCACCUGCCGUGCCAGCGGCGGCGAGGAGUUCUGCGAGCUGACCGAGGUGCUGAAGCCAGGAUCUCCAGUCGCGAAGGCUCUCAGGAACGUCCACUCGGCCAUGCUCCGGGGCGGCUCGCCCUCCGACCUGCUGGGCGCGUGCCUGGAGGCGUGGGGCGCGCGCCGGGCCUGGGCGGGCUCCCGCGCGCUGGGGCUGGUGCUGGACGGGGCCGUGCUGACGCCCCUGCUCGCGGCGGCGGGGCGCUUCGCGGCGGCGGGGCGGCGGCUGGACUUCGGCGGGCUGGGCCGCCCGCUGCAGGCGGGCCUGGAGGGCGUGCUGGACGAGCUGCUCGACCUCGGCGAGUUGGACUCCGCGGGCCGCGUGGGGCUGACGCCGCGCGGCUGGGAGGAGCUGUGGUCCUUCUGCGGCACCCUCGCGCCGCUGGCGCCUCUGCUGCCCGUGCCGUGCGGCCCGCCCGGCGCGCCGCCCGGCGUGCCGGCGGCGGAAGUCCCCGACGGCGCGCAGCACGUGCUGUGCAUGCCGGACCUGCUGCGCCAGGUGCGCGCCGUGUUCAACGCCGGGCCCUUCAAGGCGCAGCCGCGCUUCCUCGUGGCGGCAGGCGAGGGCGCGGGGGCGCUGCUGGCCGCCGUGCGGAAGCACGUGCAGCGGUGCACGCAGCGCGGGGCCCUGCUGGACGCCUUCCCGCUGACGGCCGUCGCUGUGGCGGCCGACAAGGCACAGGGCGCGGCGCUGAAGCGGGCGAACCAGCAGCCCUGGCUCAAGGUGGUCGUCGGCGGCACCAGCUCCGCGGAGCAGCUCCUGACCGCCCUGGCGAAGGCCCGCGCGUCGCCCCAGGAGACGCUGGUCCCCUGCUGUGCGGCGAGGAGCUGGCCGCGCCGCCGAGGAGGCCGCUGGACGAGGCCAGCACCGCGGGCGCCUUCGCGCGGGGCGCGCUCGGGGGCCUGCCGAACCUGGGCCCCGAGGGGCGGCCCACCUCGCCGUGCGCCGUGUUCGCCGCCCUGGUGGAGCGCCUGGAGGACCGCUUCGGCCCGAGGCUGGGCGCGACCGCGGGGCUCUGCUGCCAGGACCCCACGGCGCUGAGCUCGCGGGCGCUGCGGCAGUCUUUCGCGAGGGGCGCGCCGCUCUGCGGGGACCUGGCGCACGGCCUGGGGGGCGGGGCGCUGGUGCCGGCGCCGGCGCUGGCCCUGGCGGCGGCCAUGGCGGGGCUCGUCCCCGACUCGGUGGAGCUGCUGAAGGAGGUGUCCGCGCGGGACGCGGGCGCGGGGCACUGCGCCGCACUGAGCCAGUGCCUCAAGCUGCAGCCGUUCCGCAUCCGGCUGGCGGAGCAGGCCGACUACCCGGAGCUGAUGGCCCUGGAGCAGCAGUGCUGGGCACCCAACCUCCGCGCGACGGAGCUCGCGAUGCGCGCGAGGCUGAGGACCACCCCCGAGACGGUCCUCGUGGCCACGAAGGAGGACGGCCGCUUGGUGGCCGCGCUGUGGAUGCAGCGGAUCGAUGAGGAGACCGACGUCCUCCAGAUGCAGUACGAGGGCACCCAUCUCCACCACAGGCCAGCCGGCAAGCUCGUCCAGCUGCUCGCGAUCGCCUCGAGCGAGCCUGGCGUGGGGAACAAGCUCAGGAACUUCGCGUUGCACCUGGCGUGCCUGGACCCCACCGUCGAGGGGGUCGUGGCCGUCACCCGCGCCUCCGACUUCCGCGGCGGCAGCCCCGCGGAGAUGGAGGACUACAUCGACCGCGUCGCCGCGGGCCACGCGCGGGACGGCACCGUCACAGGCUUCCACAUGGACGCGGGCGCGCGGGUGAGGUUCGCGGUGCCGAACUACCGCCACAAGGACGUCGCCAACUUCGGCUACGGCGUUCUGAUCCGCUACAACGUCCUCGACAGGGCCUCCCUCGGUCGGCCUCUGCUGCAGCCGGCCCCAGUGGCGGCCGAUGACCAGGGCGCUCAUGGCGAGGAGGCAGCGCCGCUGCCGGGCGGCGGGAUGCGCGGGCUGAUCGAGGGCCUCUGCCGGAAGCUGGCGCCGGAGGACGACAUCACGCAGCCGUUCAUGGACUUCCUCGAUUCCAUGGAGGUCUCCCAGCUCUCGAGCAUGAUCGGGACGGAGCUCGGCCGGAGGCUGAACCCCACCGUGGUCCUGGACUACCCGAGCGUGGAGCUCCUGAGCGAGCACCUGGAGGAGACCGCCGUCUCCAGGGCCAGGGCCGGCAAGGGCACCCCUCCGGGCGCUCAUGGCGAGGAGGCGGCGCCGCUGCCGGGCGGCGGGGUGCGCGGGCUGAUCGAGGGCCUCUGCCGGAAGCUGGCGCCGGAGGACGACAUCACGCAGCCGUUCAUGGACUUCCUCGAUUCCAUGGAGGUCUCCCAGCUCUCGAGCAUGAUCGGGACGGAGCUCGGCCGGAGGCUGAACCCCACCGUGGUCCUGGACUACCCGAGCGUGGAGCUCCUGAGCGCGCACCUGGAGGAGACCGCCGUCUCCAGGGCCAGGGCCGGCAAGGGCACCCCUCCGGCGCAGCAGGCCACGAGGCCCGCCCUCAUGAGCUGGGACGACAUGUCGGCGGCCGAUUUCGAGGCCCUCCAGCGGGAGGUCGUGGGCAGCCUCCAGUCGGAGAGGUUCCAGGCGCGCCUCGCGCGCCUUGCCUCGGAGCACGACGGGUGCAGGCAGACCUACCUCAUCGCCGCGGCGCCCGUCGUGGACGCGGCCACGCGGGAGGCGCUCACCCGCUGCGGCCUCCUGCGGUGCCCGGAGGACGCGGCCGAGGCGACCGCCCAGCUCGAGGAGGUCCAGGCCCGGUGGCGGCACUUCUGGGCCCAGGGCGCGCAGCUCCCGGAGCUGCUCCUCCGGCUCGACCGCGCGCUGCUCGGCGGCCUCGAGCGCGCCGCCGCGGCCGGCGGCGCGCCGCAGUGAGCGCGGCGG